GAACUUCUUCGCUCUCCCUCCGUGGAUCGUCAGUACAGUUUAAUAUUUUCUCGCUUUUCAAAUACCCACACGAAGGCGAACCUUCUGGGCACCGUUUCUGCCCUCAUAUCAAAAUCACUCGCACCACUUCACCUACCACCACACCACUGCAAAGAAACCUAGAAUGUGCCACUACAGGAACAUCACAUUUUCUUGCGGCUGCCAGACUGAAGAGAACACUCUGGUAUGCGGAUACGUCCAUGACGACGUCGCCCAGUGUAUGGCCGACACUCAAGCAGACGAGGUUUCGGUCACCAGAGCGUGUGGAAGGCGAUGCUGCAAGAAUGCGCCGCCCCGUGGGUCAAACCUCAAACCGCAAGAUAACCAUAAGACCAACCAUUGUCACGUUGAGUGGCCCAAAGAGAAUGCAGCAACCUCAGAACUCUAGACUGGGCCGAAAUCGGCUGCUAGGUGGAUUGUAUUUCAGGUCCUCCCUCCAAGGUAGAUUUCCCAGGCCCGCCCGGCGAAGGUCCUCUUCGUUUGAUUUCCGCUGAUGUACGAGUUUUACUGCUCUCUGCGCCGGUACUUUCAACUUCCUUUCCUCUUUUUUGAGCAAUGCUAGGGUUUUUCCUCAUUAUCCUUUCCAGGGUUUGCUCCUAUUCACAUUCCAUACCUUCACCUGUAUGAUACUUUACUUGUAUCGUACUUUAUUCUAGGAACAUUUUUUCUUCUCGGAGUUUCUUGAGGGGAGCCGAUAACUUUGAAUAGUUAAUCCACAGUAUAUCGGUUUCUCAAUCGAAA